CCACUUUUAAAGGACAACGGCGAUGGACCGGUAGAUGUUUCUGUCUGACUGCGCUUUAAUUAUGCUGUGGGGUUGCCAAAUGAUGCCGUGCUCAAGGAACAUAAUCAUAUACUGAAAAAGAGGCAGGAUAAAGACAGUUAGUUUGGGAUCAUCUCAGUAAACAUGGCAAUGUCCCUAACCCAAGCCUGCCGGAGUCUUGCCCUGUCUACAUGGCUGCUGUCGUUUUGCUUCAUGCAUUUGCUGUGUCUGGACUUCACAGUGGCAGAGAAGGAGGAAUGGUACACUGCCUUUGUCAACAUCACUUACCUGGAUCCAGUCACAUCUGAGAUGAAGACAGACAAGAGUGAAUGUGGCAGAUAUGGGGAGCACUCUCCUAAAAGAGAUGCCAGGGGCUUUGUGUUUAUGCCAUCCCUUCUGCAGGACAGAGAGGUGGGUGACAGUAACACUAAAUUCCUCCUUCCCUAUCCCAGCAUCCCAUGGAUAGCACUGAUAGCCAAUGGAAACGGCUCCUACAGGGAGAAGAUCAGACUGGCUGCUGCUCUCAAUGCAUCCGCUGUGGUCAUUUUCAAUGUGGGCUCCAAUGAGACCAUUACUAUGCCACAUCACGGAACCGGCGAUGUGGUGGCGAUCAUGAUUCCCGAGCCCAAAGGUCGUGAGAUCGUGGCCCUGCUGGAGAAGAACGUAAGCGUGACCAUGCACAUCACCGUCGGCACACGCAACCUGCAGCAGUACGUCAGCCGCACAUCCGUGGUGUUCGUCUCCAUCUCCUUCAUCGUCCUGAUGAUCAUCUCUCUGGCCUGGCUGGUCUUCUACUACAUCCAGCGCUUCCGCUACGCAAACGCACACGACCGCAGUCAGAGGCGAUUGAGCGACGCUGCAAAGAAGGCCAUAAGCAAGUUACAAGUGCGGACCAUCAGGAAGGGGGACAAGGAAACUGAGUCGGACUUUGAUAACUGCGCAGUGUGCAUCAAAGACUACAAACCUAAUGAUGUUGUCCGGAUACUGCCGUGUCGUCAUGUCUUCCAUAAGAACUGUGUGGACCCGUGGCUCCAGGACCACAGAACCUGUCCCAUGUGUAAAAUGAACAUCCUAAAGGCCCUGGGCAUCCCGCCCAGUACAGACUGUUCUGAUGACAUCCCUCCUGAUUAUGAGCUGUCUGUCAGCGGGCCGCCCACCAACCCUAUGACGGGCGCUAGUGAGGUCUCCGUGGGCGAGAGCUCGGUGGUCCUGGACCCAGCUGUCAGAACAAUAGACCUGUCACACAUUUACCAUCAGAUGGACGCCUUCCUGCAGGCUGGAGAGAGCCGUCACAUCGCCAGCAGUGAGCACCAGUCGUCCAUGAGCACGGAUUCAGACACCUCACUCAUCAGGCCAGUGGAGCUCGUCCUGUCCGAUCCAGAACAGGACGAUGUGAAGUCUUGAAGUGCCAUAAACAGAGCAGGACAAUAAAAGAACACAAGCAAUAGCAGCACAGGUGUGCAACCUCCUUUUUUGACCUCAUGGUCUCAGCUUGCUUGUUCUCUUCCUCUGGCUGUAUUGCACUCAAUGUCUUCUGUCCCAAGCUUGUGUUACCAGACUGGAAAAGCCACAUGGUCCUACAAACAAUGUUUCCA